AUGCUGCAAACAGGCAACUAUUCGCUGGUGCUGCUGAUACAGCUCACACUUCUAGCUUUUGAUCUUUUCGUCAAUUCCUUCAGUGAACUCCUGAGAGGAGCUGCUUUCAUCCAGCUGGUGCUUUUCAUCAUCCAGGACAUCGCCAUCUUGUUCAACGUGAUCAUCAUCCUGCUGAUGAUGUUCAACACAUACGUGUUCCAGGUGGGCCUGGUCUCUCUGUUGCUGCAACGCUUUAGAGCACUGCUGUUUUUCUCCGCUCUCUACUUGACCCUUAGCAUUUGCCUACACAGCUGGGUGAUGAAUCUAAGAUGGAAAGCACCUAAUCGCUUUGUUUGGACAGAUGGCCUUAUAACACUCUUUGUGUUCCAAAGGAUAGUGGCAGUGUUGUAUUACUACUUAUACAAGCGCACAACAGAGUACAUGGGGGACCCUCGGCUCUACACGGACUCUCUUUGGCUAAGAGAGGCCUUUGCCAGAGCUCGGCAGUAG